CAUGAGACACGGGUCGUAUUUCGCCGAUGCCGCAUUGACAGCUGGGCAAGGUAGCUGCCGGUGCCUGCGUGCGAGGGAGAUGGCCGAAGCGAGUCCCCCAAGAGGCAAGAUGAAGUGGCAAAGGAAUGCGGCCUCUUUCCCUGGAAAUUUGCACCUUGUGAUGGUUCUACGCCCCACUGGAUUUUUCCAGCGCACCUUCACUGACAUUGGAUUUCGGUUUAGUCAAGAGGACUUCCUGCUCAAACUGCCGGUUGUAAUGCUGAGCUCGGUCAGCGACUUAUUAACGUACAUCGAUGAAAAACAGCUGACACCUGAAUUUGGGGGCACCCUGGAGUACUGCCAUAGUGAAUGGGUCAUCUUCAGAACUGCCAUAGAAAGUUUUGCACUAACAGUGAAGGAAAUUGCCCAGAUGUUACAGGUCUUUGGCAUGGAACUAGCAGAAACAGAACUACCGGAUGACACCUAUUCAAUUGAACGCAUCCUGGCCCUCCGCACAGAGAAAUAUUACCAGCUAAAGGAAGAUAUUACAGCAGUUACCAAAGAAGGAAAGAUGCUCUUAUGCAGUCUGGAGGAACCGGAUACGGAAGAACCGAGGGAGGAAGAACAGCAGGAGAAAUCUGGUGACUGGGAGACGGUCAAUCGUUUGCUUGCACAAUUGCAUGAGAUGGAAACCGCUUUUGACGGAUUCUGGGAGAAACACCAGCUCAAGAUGGAGCAAUACUUGCAGCUUUGGAAAUUUGAGCAACAUUUUCAAGAGCUCAGUAAAGCCAUUGGGUUUUUAACGGAUCAGCAAGCAGAGCUGCCUGAUUCUGGAGAUAACGUCUCUCAAGUCAAACAGAGGCUGUCUGACCUGGAUAAUUUAGACAAAACAGCACAGGAUUUGACAGGAAAGGCGCAAGUGGUGAUUCUGCAUGGGCACCAGCUGGCAGCUAGCCACCACUAUGCCCUCAACUUGAUCUGCCAGCAGUGCAAUGAACUGCGACACCAUUCCGACGUCUUGCUGGAGGAGAUCAAAAGGAAGCGCAGCAGGCUGCAGCAAACCUUGGACCUCCUCACCUCCCUGCAGCAGGCUUUAGAGUGUUGUGACGAAGGCGCGUACCUUCUAGCCAACCAGCCGGUGGACAAAUGCCAGUCUCGGGAAGGUGCCCAGAAAGCUCUCCAAGACAUAGAGAAGUUCCUCGAGAGCUCCACACCGCACAUAAAUGCCAACCCCCAGGCCCUACUCUCUGACUACGAGCUCAUUUUAACGCCUGAACUGAAGGCACGGAUACAGACAGUCCAGAUCAAGCUUGAGAACGUACGCAGCAUGUUUGAAAACAGGCAAGCUUGCUUCAAAAAGCUGGCGGACAAGCAGGUUCGCCCCGUGCAGCUGGUAGCCCCUCGGCCAGAAAACCCACCUCGAUCAAAGUCGCCUUUGUUCUCCCCCAAACAUGAACAGUUUGAAGACGGGGCACCUUCUCUUCAUAUCUGUUUGCAUUCCUCCGCAUCAGUUUUUCUCCCUACGUCUUUUGCCCAUUACUUCGUUAAAGGCGUGGAUUUUAAUUCCAGUUUGAAAUUUUCGUUUGAUAUCUCCCUUCCUGGGAAGAAAACGUCAAGGAAGUCGCAAAACUCCCGCAAGAUUGAAGUAAUGCAUGAUUAUCAAGAAAAAAGAAAUUCCUUGCAGUACUUCAUUGCAGAAAGCGAAGACAAUUUAGACAUACUGAAAAGCCAUGUGAUAAAUGAGCUUAUAGAAACCGAACGGGUGUAUGUGGAGGAAUUGUUCACUGUCUUGAUGGGCUAUCGGGCAGAAAUGGAUAACCCUGCGAUGGUUUUUCUCUUGCCCCCUGUCUUGCGAAACAGAAAAGAUGUUCUGUUUGGAAAUAUGCCUGAGAUCUACGACUUCCAUAACAGAAUUUUUUUGCACAAUCUGGAGAGUUGUCUUGAAGCCCCAGAAAGAGUAGGAUACUGUUUUUUGGAAAGGAGGCAAGAUUUUCAGAUGUACGAGAAAUACUGUCAGAAUAAGCCACGGUCAGAAUCUCUGUGGAGGCAGUGUGCAGAAAGCCUGUUUUUCCAGGAAUGCCAAAGAAAACUGGAACACAAACUUGGCUUGGAUUCCUACUUGCUCAAACCAGUGCAGCGGUUGACAAAGUACCAGUUGCUUCUGAAGGAACUGCUGAAAUAUAGUACGAGUUGUGAAGGCGUUCAAGAACUGCAAGAGGCUUUGGUUGCAAUGCUGGACCUGCUGAAAUCUGUCAAUGACUCCAUGCAUCAGAUUUCAAUAACUGGCUAUGAUGGAGACCUCGGUGAACUUGGGAAAGUACUGAUGCAAGGGUCUUUCAGCGUCUGGACGGGCCACCGAAAGGGCCCAACAAAAAUGAAGGACUUGGCCAGGUUCAAACCCAUGCAAAGGCACCUCUUUCUGUAUGAGAAUGCCCUGGUGUUCUGCAAGAAGAGAGAGGACCACAGUGACGGAUACGAGAAAACCUCCUCGUAUAGUUUUAAGCACUUUCUGAAAAUGAAUGCUGUUGGGAUCACUGAAAACGUGAAAGGAGACCAUCGGAAGUUUGAGAUCUGGUACAGUGGACGGGAAGAAGUGUACGUUGUGCAGGCUCAGACGGUUGACCUGAAGAUGGCCUGGCUCAAUGAAAUCAGAAAAAUUUUGUUCAAGCAGCAAGAACUUAUCAAAGUGGAGAAGCAGCAACAGCCAUCUUGUGUAGACCCAAUCCAGUUCUCCCCUCCACUGAACGAUGGAAAACAGCCAAGAGCUUCCAUAAGCUCAGAAGAAAAUGAUUCUGAACGCACCAGCCCUGUGGCCUUAGAGAGUAUUGCCUCCUCUCCCCAGAACAAGCCAAACAGAUCUUGGCCAGGAAUGUCUCAUUCUUUGGAGAUCUGUGAAGGCCUCGAUGACUGGUCUAGCAAUAACUACUUCUCAACCUGUUCUGAUACCGAAGAAGAAGACGGAAAUCAGCUGUCACCAGGAAAAUAUAAGGCCUUGGCAGACUGUAAGAAGAGGGACUCGGAGGAUUUGCUGGUGAAAAACGGGGAUGUGAUUCAACUUUUGCAUGAAGAUGGAGAGGGGCAGUGGUUGAUAAAGAACCUCAACCAAAGGAAGGAAGGCUGGGUUCCUGUCAACAGCUUGCAGAUAAUCCUUGGGGACUGUAGGUUCCGGAGUGCCAGCGUUGCAGACGCUGCCCCUUAUAAGACGAGAAAAUUAAGCUCCCCAUGAAUUUGAAGGGAGAACUAAUGUCAUGUCACUUUUGAAAGCUGCAGUGGAGGUUUGAAAUGGUUGUUUCCAAGAAAAGAGGGAGCAUUCAGUGGUUGGAGCUCCCCUGUACUGUCACCCAUCAACAUUUGCCGCACAUCACAGCUUCACCAACACUGAACGUGACCAUCAGCAGAAGCCAUUCUUUUGACGUUUCCAUUUUUUUUCUCCACCAGUGGACAAUGCUGAACCACUUUGUUUUGACAUGCUGAUGGGACUUCUUUCCUCUUCUUCAUGACAUCCACUAAAUUUCAUUUGACCACUAAUUUAAUUCUUUACCUUU